AUGUCGCCUCCAAGUCCAAAGGCAGAUUUCGAUUGGGAGAACUUUUCUCCAACCAAGUUUAUCCCAGUUAAUGGUCACAUCGAGGCCCGCUUUAGUUUUUCCACGGGCACAUGGAGUGCGCCCACUCUCGUGAGCGGUACGGAUAUCUCCAUCUCAGGCCUCAGCCCGGCCUUGAACUACGGCCAGCAAUGCUACGAGGGAAUGAAAGCAUUUCGCACUGCGGGGGGGAGGGAACGCAUCGUGAUAUUUCGGCCCGAAUUCCACGCCAAUCGCAUGGCGGGAUCCGCGGCGUCAGUCUGCCUCCCUCCACCCCCUCAAAACCUGUUCCUUGAGUGUGUCCGGAAAGCAGUGGUGGAAAACGCAGAGUAUGUCCCACCGGCGGAUUCGGCGUCGUCGUCAUUUCUUUACAUCCGACCUCGUGCUGUUUGGAUCAUCUACCGGCCUGUGGGGCCUGUGCGACGAGGUGAUAUUAGCGGUAUACGUCCAACCGGCGAGGCCCCAUCAUGGACAAAAGGCCAUGAAGGCCCUCGUCAGCGAUGA